AUGACCACUUUAACUCACCGUGCCCGUCGUAUGGAAGUAGGCAAGAACUCUGAAAAGAAGGCAGAAAGUGAGGAAGAUACUAAUCAAGACAGGAGUUCAGACAAUGAAGACUCUGGAGACUCUAAGGAUAUUCGCCUCACCCUUAUGGAAGAAGUAUUGCUCCUGGGACUAAAAGAUAAAGAGGGUUACACAUCUUUCUGGAAUGACUGCAUAUCAUCUGGCCUGCGAGGGGGCAUCCUGAUAGAGCUGGCCAUGCGGGGUCGUAUCUAUCUGGAACCCCCCACCAUGCGUAAGAAGCGACUACUAGACAGAAAGGUACUACUGAAGUCAGACAGCCCAACAGGUGACGUUUUACUGGAUGAAACUCUCAAACACAUCAAAGCCACUGAACCCACAGAAACUGUCCAGACGUGGAUAGAGCUACUCACCGGCGAGACCUGGAACCCCUUCAAAUUACAAUAUCAGCUAAGAAAUGUAAGAGAGCGAAUUGCAAAGAACCUAGUAGAGAAGGGCAUUUUAACCACGGAGAAGCAGAAUUUCCUCCUGUUUGAUAUGACUACUCAUCCGGUGACCAACACAACAGAGAAACAGCGACUAGUGAAAAAACUUCAAGAUAGUGUCCUAGAGCGGUGGGUAAAUGACCCUCAGCGCAUGGACAAGCGAACACUAGCACUCCUGGUGCUAGCCCACUCCUCCGAUGUGCUAGAAAACGUCUUCUCCUCUCUGGCAGAUGACAAGUAUGAUGUGGCAAUGAAUCGAGCCAAGGACCUAGUAGAACUGGACCCUGAAGUGGAAGGGACAAAGCACAGUGCCACAGAGAUGAUCUGGGCUGUGUUGGCAGCCUUCAAUAAAUCCUAA